UUCAUCCAUCCACACCCAUAUAUACCUACUUCCUCAUCUUCCUCUCACCCAAAUCAAACCCAAAAACUAGAAACCGUUUCUCUACCUAUAUACCACUCAAUGAUCAGAUGGAAAUCUCCAUAUCCCAAUCCAUCUAUGAUCCCGAUCAUCAUAAUCAUCUUCUUCUUCUCCAUACUCUCACUCAAUCACUCCCAACCCAUACAAAACCCUAAUCUCCAACAAGCCUACGUAGCUCUCCUUGCAUGGAAAUCUCUCAUCUUCUCAGAUCCCAAAAACCUAACUUCCAACUGGAAUGGCCCCAACGUCUGCUCCUACACCGGCGUCUUCUGUGCACCGUCCAUUCACAACCCUUUCAUCACUGUCGUCGCCGGCAUCGACCUCAACCAUGCCGACAUCGCCGGCUCCCUCCCAGAAGAACUCGGCCUCCUCACCGAUCUUGCACUCCUCCACCUCAACUCCAAUCGCUUCUGUGGGACAAUCCCAGAAAGCUUUUCCCACCUUCUCCUCCUCUUCGAAAUCGACCUCAGCAACAACCACUUCGCAGGCCCAUUUCCGCACGUGCUCCUCUCUCUCCCUUCAUUGAAAUAUCUAGAUAUCCGUUACAACGAGUUCGGAGGUGAAAUCCCAUCCCAGCUCUUCGAUCUCGAUCUCGAUGCUAUCUUCAUCAACAACAACAAGUUCCAGUCCGCCUUACCAGCGAAUAUCGGUAACUCGCCGGUUUCAGUUCUUGUUGCAGCUAAUAACUACCUUAACGGUUGCUUGCCGUCGAGUUUGGGAAAAAUGGCGGGAACUUUGAAUGAGAUUAUUCUCUUGAAUGACGGGCUUACGUCGUGCUUGCCGCCGGAGAUUGGAGCAUUGGGAGGAGUUACUGUCUUCGAUGUCGGGUUUAAUAAGCUGGUGGGUCCGUUGCCGGAGACGGUGGGUAAUAUGAUCAGCUUAGAGCAGCUGAAUGUCGCGCAUAACCAGCUCUCCGGCAGUAUUCCAGCGAGUGUUUGUUCAUUGCCGAGAUUGGAGAAUUUCACAUUCUCUUAUAACUAUUUCAACGUGGAGCCAUCUGUUUGUUUUGGAAUCCCUAAUAAGGAUGAUCGGAAGAAUUGUAUCGCUGGCCGGCCUAUGCAGAGGGCGAAAGCUGAAUGUGAUUCUUUUCUGUCGAUUCCAAUUAGCUGCACCGCAUUUGGUUGUGCGACGCCACAGUCUCCGACACCGACAGGCUGUGGUGAUGUGUUUGGAUGUUUGGGGCAACCACCUCCGCCACCAUCGCCAGUAUAUUGUAUUGGUUUGGAGUGUUUGGAGAUGCCGCCGCAUCCGUUCCCACCAUUUCUGAUGCCGCCGCAUCCAUUUCCACCAUUGCCAAUGCCGCCACCGCCGUCGAUAGACUGUGAUGAUCCCUAUGGGUGCUGGCCAACAUCGCCACCGCCACCGAUAGACUGUGAUGAUGCUUAUGGUUGCUGGCCAACAUCGCCACCAUCACCACCAUUGCCAGAAAUGCUGCUACCGCCAAUAUUUCCAGAUCAUCCUUAGUGCUCAUCCCGCGUUUGGGACCAUUUAGGAUCACCAUUUUUUAGAGGCAAUGAACAUUUUUGGUAUUUUAAUCGACAAAAAUACUUUCAGUUUCAGCUGGUACACAAGCCGAGACAUUAGAAGAAUAUAUAUAUAU